GUCUCCCUGCAUGACUGAUAAAAUUACAUCAUCCCAUUGUGAGAUGCUCCACCCAGAGGGAGGAGCCAGGCAUUCCUACUUGGAUAUAAUCUAAGAUGGGAAACACCAAAAGCAGCCUGUUUCCACUGGAUUCCCAGAGCAAGACAAGACCCAUCUACGUGAUCAAAACCACAUCUGUGACUCCACGAGGACUGCAGCCACGAUUUGAUUAAACUGCUACAACACCGGGUGUCAGGUUGUAUUCUGACUCUGCAGGUUUUUUCGGUUUUUUUGGUCCCACUAUUUUAGUUUAAUUUUUUAUUUUUUAGUUUAGGUGUCCAGGAAGAGGAAGAUGUCCCAGAAUAGCCAGACAAGUAAGGAAGAAGUCACUGCCCCUUUCCCCCUCUCCUCUGCUCCAUCUCCCAGCCCAGCAUGGCCCCUUGCUGCAGGACAACCCCGCUGCCGACGCCGUCCUGCUGGGGAUACACUGGGGGGAUCUCCUUCCCCUUUCCUCUGGCAUGGAGGCAAAUCCCAUCCUCUCCUUGUCCUUCCUUCUCCAGACAAAGAGCUGAGGAUGGAGACCAGGGAGGACAAAUCCCUGCAGCAGAACAUUGUGGAAGAGGCCUUUUUGAGUGGAUCCACAGCACAGGAAUCCAACGGGGAGGAAAAGCCUUGGAGAUCCCGCAGGAGCAGGGGCUCCAGACCCAUCCAAUGGUCCUCUGAGGAGGAAAGACCCACCCUGUGCCAGGAAGGAGGACAGAGCUUCAGCCAGAGGUCAGAGCUGGUGGUCCAUAAGGAGCUUCAUGAUGGGGAGAAGCCGUACAAACGUUUGGCGUGUGGCAAGAGCUUCAGCUGGCGCUACCACUUGAUCCGCCACCAGAACAUCCAUGCUGAGGAAAGGCCAUACAAGUGUGGGGAAUGUGGGAAGGGCUUCAACCAAAGGUCCAAAAUGAUCCACACUGGGGAGAGGCCCUACAAGUGUCCCCAGUGUGGGAAGAGGUUUUGGACCAGCUCAGAUCUCUGUGUGCACCAGCGCAUCCACACUGGGGAGAGGCCCUACCAAUGUGGGGAAUGUGGGAAGAGCUUCAGACAGAGUUCCCACGUGAUCGGCCACAAGAGGACCCACACUGGGGAACGGCCCUACAAGUGUGGGGAAUGUGGGAAGCGCUUCAACCAGAGAUCCAACAUGAUUACCCACCAACGCAUCCACACCAGGGACGGGCUCUUUUUCAACACUAAGACAGGUUGUCCUCAGGACAAAUGUCCUCCUGAGCUGGUGGAUGGGGUCACAGAGCAGAACAGCCCCCUGUCAUCCAGGAGGAAGCAGCUGGUCACCUGCUGA